UUUAACAGUUACAAUGGAACCAAACGUUACCUCGAAUCUCCCGUGGGUGGAAAAAUACCGGCCAGCUACUCUAAACGAUCUAAUUUCACACGAAGAAAUCAUCAGCACAAUCAACAAGUUCAUAAAAGAAGAGCAACUACCGCACUUGUUAUUCUACGGUCCUCCGGGAACUGGAAAGACCAGCACCAUUUUGGCGUGUGCCCGGCAGCUCUACAAACCACAGUCCUUUGGAUCGAUGGUGCUCGAGCUGAACGCAUCGGAUGACCGUGGCAUCAACAUCGUUCGCGGUCAAAUUCUUGAUUUUGCCUCCACCAGAACUAUCUUCAAAGGGGGCUUCAAGCUGAUAAUUCUGGAUGAAGCCGAUGCAAUGACGAAUGAUGCCCAGAAUGCGCUCAGGCGAAUUAUUGAAAAGUACACGGAAAAUGUGCGAUUUUGCAUCAUUUGUAACUAUCUGAGCAAAAUCAUUCCGGCAAUACAGUCGCGCUGCACCCGCUUCCGAUUUGCUCCGCUAUCGCUCGAGCAGAUUCUUCCUCGAUUGGAACACGUUAUUGAAGCUGAAGGCAUUCAAGUGAGCGAGGAUGGCAAAAAGGCACUUAUUACGCUCGCCGGUGGCGAUAUGCGGAAGGUGCUGAACGUUCUUCAAAGCACCUGGAUGGCGUUCAAGAACGUAACGGAAGUUAACGUUUACAACUGUGUCGGACAUCCUCUAAAGCAGGAUAUUCACGACAUUAUAGACUGGUUGCUCAAUGAAGAAUCGUUUAAAAUUUGCUACGACAAAAUUCAGCAGCUCAAAACCCAAAAAGGGCUUGCCCUGGAGGACAUACUAACCGAGAUCCAUUUGGUUAUCAAUCGACUGGAAAUACCGCCACGUGUUUUGUCUCAGCUCGUCAUUACUCUGGCAUCAAUUGAAGAACGAUUAGCAGAUGGAUGUGUGGAGAAACCUCAAAUAGCUGCGCUUAUUUCUGCAUUCAGUAAAGUUAGAGAUUUGGUAGUUUAGUGGAAAUCUGAAUUUCUUUGGAUUAAAAAACUUCAAUUUUCACACAAACAAUAAAAAAAU